AUCGGUGCGCUGAGAACGACCCUGAAGAAGCUCGCUGAAGCGCAAUUGGGUGCGUCGUGAUUUUGCUUUUCGGGUGUGUUGUGGGGUUGGCUGUUGGAAUAAAAUGAUGUGGUGAGGGUUGUUGUUGGGGUUAAUAGGGAUCGUGAAAUAAAGAUUGAUUGUGCUGUUCGGUGCUCACUCUCGUGAGUCGUCUCCGCUUGUGGCUUCCUGUCAUGAUGCUGAGACACGCUGGAUACGUCAUUGGAGCCGUGCUCCUGCUGGCUUCCUACUCUUCAGCUUUCACUGUACGGAAGGUAAAUGUGGCCAGUUCCAUUACCCUCCCCUGCAGUGGGGCAGAUUUCGACCAGUGGAGGAUUCUGGGAAAUGAAAACAAUGAAGAGCAGCUUGUGGCAUCACUCAACAAAAGCAAAGUCAACGCAGGUCCUGGCUUUGAGGGUCGGAUCACCUUCACGGACCUGGAGAAGGAUCCGGAAAACCUCAGUCUCACCAUCAGUCCCGUGAAGUACACAGAUAAAGGCGUUUAUCAGUGCUGGAGUAACAGUGGGGAGAUUCUUACAGAUGUGCGUCUAGAGGUCUUGGUUCCCAGAAUGCACUCUGUGCCACAGGGUGAGCCCCUCACCCUGCAUUGCUACGUGGACAUCAGCAGACACAUGCGUUACAAGGACUUAGACUUCACGUGGUACAAAGAUGGUCAGCUCGUAUGCCGGGUCCACGGUGGCGACAUCACCUAUGGCCCCGGUUUCGAGGACAAGGUGAUCUUAUCUCCCAGUAGGACCCUAGACGGUGACAUGGCCCUAACCCUCCAUCAGGUGCACCCUUCAGAUCAAGGCGAAUACUGGUGCACUUCUAACGAGCCAGAACGUAAAGGGAACCCAGAUUCACACAGCGUCACAGUUACAGUGCCUCCCAAAGACUCCCGUCUCUCUGGUGGAGCAGUGGCUGGGAUCGUGGCUGUUGUGCUUGGUGUGCCAGGAGCAGCUGCACUGGUUUGGUGUAUAUGGAAGAAAAAGGAGUCCUGCUGCCAUAAGACAGAGGCUUCUGAAAAGAUCAGCUACAGCCAGGUGAAUGGUGAAGACACAGUCAACAAGAGCUGCACAAACGACCAGCCUCCAGAGGCAAACACCCCAACACCAGAACCAGAAACCCAGCCUCAAGCAACCCAUGCGCAGCCUCCCGAGGCAGAAAGCCAGCCUCCAGCACCAGAACCCCAGCCUCAAGAGGAAGUUGUCCGCAUUUCAGUGCCUGAAACCCAGCCUGUAGGGGAGAAGUUGUCACCUCAGCCCUGGUCAUGGCAGAAAGGUGUCCCUGCAUUACAACACAGUGCUGCCACAGCAGGGGAGUGAAAUGUCUGAAAGACGUCUUUAUGGACAGUAGAGUUGGUCCCUUUGACUCGCUUUGUUUCUGUGUAUUGAGAACAGGUGCUUUGUGGUGAGUCAGAGGAGUGAUGUUUACAGUGUGUAACCUGCUUCCUCCACCUCAUUGAUGAUGUUGAGCAUUAACUUCAGACCGGGUUUCUCAAAAACUACAUUAGCAAAAGUACCCCAGUGUUGAUACUACAGGUUUGAGACAAAAUAUUUUAAUUUCAGAUCUCACAAAAUCAGAAAAUGAUUUUUUUUUGUCCAUUAGUCCUCAGCUGCAUUAUGAAAAAAGCACUUUAUAACAUUACAUUAUUGG